CCGCUCGUGCACCACACUGCAAGCAUGGCCGGCGACACUGAGACACAUCUCAGGGACCGCAGCGACAACACCACCAUUAUUCGGCAACCUUUCCUCAUCGGUGUCUCCGGAGGCACCGCCAGCGGAAAGUCAUCAGUAUGUGAGAAGAUCAUGGAGCUACUGGGACAGAACAAGAUCGACCACCACCAGCGGCAGGUGGCGAUUCUCAGCCAGGACAGUUUCUACAAGGUCCUGACUCCAGAGCAGAAAGCCAAGGCGCUGAAAGGCCAGUUCAACUUUGAUCAUCCAGAUGCCUUUGACAAUGAGCUGGUCCUACAGACGCUCAGACUGAUACUGCAGGGAAAGACUGUCCAGAUCCCCGUUUAUGACUUUGUUACUCAUUCCAGGAAAGACGAGUUUGUGACGGUGUAUCCGGCCGACGUGGUCCUUUUCGAGGGAAUCCUCAUGUUCUACUCCCAGGAGAUCAGGGAUCUGUUCCAGAUGAAGCUGUUUGUCGACACGGAUCCGGACACGCGGCUGUCACGCCGAGUUCUCAGGGACAUCAGUGAGCGCGGUCGAGAGCUGGAGCAGGUUCUGGCUCAGUACAUCACGUUCGUCAAACCGGCCUUCGAGGAGUUCUGUUUACCAACAAAGAAGUACGCCGAUGUGAUUAUUCCACGAGGAGCCGAUAACCUCGUGGCCAUAAACUUGAUAGUGCAGCACAUCCAGGACAUCCUGAACGGCGGACUCAGCAAGCGCCACAACGGCUGCACGAACGGCCACGGCACCCCCCGGCAGCGGCGGACCUCCGAAUCCAGCAGCCGGCCGCAUUGACCUCGACGCACCUCUCUUCACGGCGGAGAGGGGUGUUGGCGGUCGUGCUGUAAAUAAUGCCCAUCGGCAUCACUGUAUUUAAAAAAAAAAAAAGAAGAGGAAAACGAAAUGCAAACAGAAAUGAAAUGCCUUUUAUUAUUUUGACGACUACUUAUUAAUUUCGUUGUAAUUGUUCAACUUGGAUUUCGAUUUUUGUGAGCAGGUGAAGCAGAAGUUCUUGUUUCUGUGGGCGAAGACUGAUCCACACUUUUUCUUUUAAUGUAUCCCCUGCUGCUUUUGUGAAAAUUUACGCCGAAAACAAAUAAAGGAGGGGAAACCUUUUUACUUACGUCUGAUAAAACUUGAACCCCAAAUAGCUGGGGAGUCUAAGAAAUGCUUAGGUUGUUCGAAUGAGAAGGAUGUUAAUUAAAGAAAAGGAGAAAGGCACUCUGUUUGUAGCGACAAUCUGGGAAGCGUUUCCUCCCGUUGUUCUCAGUGUUUACGUUCCCUCGGUGUGUCGUUGAGUCCAGUGCAUGACAUCAAGUCUGUUUACUGCAGAUCAUUUCCACCACAUUGUUUCUGUGCAGGAACAACAUGAGAACAAAUAUUAUUUUUUUCCAGUAUCACACUUUAUGACUUGAAAGACGCCAAUGUUUGGAAUUUGAACUGACAGUUACCUGAUCAUAGAACUCGGUUGAGUUGUGUCCCUGUACAACUGAAAUGUGAGGACUGAAGUAUUCCUGUUUUUUUUUUUUUUGUAUGAAGAGAUGUUUUGAUUUGUCAGCCAGGUGUGGAAACCAUUUCCUGUCGUGCGCUUCAGAUGCGAGCGAUGACCUUUGCAGAUCAGCCUUGUUGAUUUCAAGAUGACACACACACACUCACACACUCAGGUUCAUGAUGCCCCUCGACUUGAAAAAUCCGACGAAGACGUGGCGGAGGUGUGUGUUUCAUCUCCGCAGCAAUAUCGCCUCCCCAGUUGUGUGGCCAUGAACUACUGGACGACCCACCGCAAUGCCUCUGCUAAACUGCCUCAGGUUGACCUUUCUGCUCAAGUAUCCACACGAGAAACUGAUUUCUGUUUUGAGGUCACAAUAAAAACCAUUGAAUCAAAGUUUUGUACGCCACAUCCUGUGUUUGUUUAGUGCAACUGAAUGAACGAUUUGUACCGAUUUGUACUGUAUGGCUGUUGAAUGGAUCACGUGAUUUGUAAUAGGACUCAGUCAAUGGUCAAUAAACUGAAGCGUGUAU